AUGCCUGACAUCGAAGGUAAAGUCUCCAAGGCCGAGCAGCAGGAGACGGUUGCUCCUGUAAAGCCCUUCCACCAUGGGGAGCUGGACCAGGAAACAGCAGCGUAUGCAAAUUCAACCGCCGUUCAUAUUGAUAAGGCGACGAACCGGCGGUUGUUUUGGAUGAUUAACCGCCGCGUGCUGGUGUGCAUGCUUGCGACUUACUUCUGUCAAGCACUCGACAAGGGAACACUCGGCUUUUCUUCGAUCAUGGGAAUCCAGACAGACGCUAGCCUCGUCGGCAAUGACUAUAGUUGGCUGGGGACGAUCCUGUACAUUGGUGUGUUGGUAGGCGAGUACCCGACCAACUUUCUCUUGCAGAAGCUGCCGGUUGGCAAAUACAUUGCGACCAAGUACGUUCCUCUACCUGAUCGGAUGAUUACGAGAAUUGACCGUGGAUCCAGUGUAUUUCUUUGGGGUGUUGUGAUUGCUUGUAGCGCUGCGGCGACGAACUUUCCUGGUUUGAUGGUGGUGCGGUUUCUUCUUGGUAUCUUCGAGUCCUGUGUGCAGCCAUGCUUCAUCCUUAUAACAUCGAUGUGGUACACGAGAUCGGAGCAGACAAUUCUGACCAGUUUGUGGUAUUGCAUGAUGGGUGUCCAGCUUAUGAUCGGUGGUCUGCUUGCCUACGGUGUCGAACACUACAGAGGCCACUCCAUGAAAUCCUGGCAACUUCUGUUUCUUGUGCUUGGAGUAGCCACCUGCGCCUGGGCUGUGUUCAUGGGCUGGUAUCUGCCCGAUAGCCCGAUGAAGGCCAAGUGCUGGAGCGAAGAGGACAAGAGACUGAUGGUCGAGCGAGUACGCGCCAAUGAGACCGGUAUCCAGAACAGGGUGUUCAAGAAGUACCAGGUGCUCGAGGUUCUCAGAGACCCUGCCAUCUGGCUUUAUGCUCUGCUGCAGAUGACCAGCUGCUUGAUUAUCGGCGGACUAGGUGUCUUCUCCAACAUCAUCAUCAAGAGCUUUGGCUUUACGACUUUGCAGACCCAGCUGCUCAAUAUCGCACAGGGUGGUGUCACUAUCGCUGUGAUGGUCGGCGGUGCGUCCCUUGCCACCUGGACCAAACAGACUAUUCUCAUCAUGCAUUUAUGGACCAUACCCGCCAUUAUCGGAACGGCCAUCAUCUUCACCAUCCCUCCCACACCGAAGACCCGCGCGGGUCUGCUCAUCGCAUUCUAUUGCACGCAGUUCAUCCUCGCCGAGGGCAACCUCCUCUUCUCCCUCAUCUCGAGGAACGUGGCCGGACAGACCAAGAAGUCUACAGUCCUGGCAGUGACCUUUAUCGCCUGGUCCGCCAGCAAUGCCGCCGCUCCUCAGAUCUUCCGAUCCGACGACGCCCCGAGAUACCACAAAGGUCUUACUGCGCAUUUUUGCUUGUACGCUCUGUUCAAUAUCAUCCUCUUGACACUGCGGACUGUCCUUAUGGCCCGUAAUCGGAAGAAGAGAAGCGCUGCUGCGGCAGCUGGCCAGGUUUCGUCGUCUGAGACGUCGGUGGACGAGAAGAUCGAGCACUCGAAUGCCUUUUUGGAUUUGACGGACAAAGAGAAUCCGGACUUUAGGUAUGUUUACUAG